ACCGAGCUGCUUCACCUCUGCUUCCUCUGAGGGAAACUCUGAGCUUCAUGUCUCCAUAGCUCCUGAAACUCUGAGCUUCAUGUCUCCGUAGCUCCUGCUCCGUGAGUUUCACCUCGUCACCACGUGUUCCUGUGUAAACCACCGAGCUUUUCAUCUACUGCACAGCAGGAGAACACCAUGGACCUCCACAAGAUCAUCCACUGCGCCAUGCACGAGUUUAUUCAGAGUUACAUCCCAGACGCAGAUCUCAGCACACUGGACGAUGUACUUUUGUCAUACAUCACUGCAGUCCUGGAGGAUCUUGGUUCCCAGCAGAGCGUGGAGGAGAACUUUGAUGUGGAGGUCUUUGUAGAGAUGUUAGAGGCUUACAUACCUGGUUUUGCUGAUAUUGACAGUGUAAAGGUCUGUGAAAUGAUGUUCAACCUGGCUUCAAAACUAGCCUCUGCUCGGACCUCAGCUGUUGAAGACAAGGGUGCCCCUAAAUCCAGGACAGAUGAUAUUUCAUUGAAAAUCACUACCCUGCCCGAUGAAACCCAACCAGAGAGAGAAGCACAGUGCAGAGAACCACCAACAGAGGGCGCCACCGCCAAGGUACCAGUGUCUAAAUGGGAGGCCCAGGAGCAACACCUGCUGGAGAUGUUUCCCAAGUGUAGUCUGUCCGAGGCUCGUAGUGCCCUGUGCAUUGCCAUAGGAGACAUGGAGGAAGCUGUGCGUCUCAUCAUAGAGGGCGAUAUCCAACUCAGCCCCUCUCCUCUUAAUGUAAAUCAUGGGAAAAGUAGUUCUUCACUGGCGGACCAUAAACUUAAGGAGAGCAUCCUUGAGAAGUAUAUGCAUGUGGACAAUGAGGAGGACAAAAAAACUCACCGACCUGUCCCCCCCAAAGAUGCUCCAAAGAAGCUAGUGCGGUACCACGGCAACCAGGUGGUCACCACCAAAGGUGAGAGGUAUCAGCUUGUGAAGACAAACGAGACAGAGGACAUGAAGAAGACGUACGUCAACCUCAAGCCUGCACGGAAAUACAGAUUCCAUUAAUGAUGAGCACAUCAGCGUAAGAGCAGCUACUGACAAUAUUGUUUACACUGUUGUUGAUUUAAGUCCAUUUAACCCUGUAUUUGUUGGAUUUUCCUUCCAAUUUAUGGAACAUGUUUAUUAGUUGGUGUCAGUGGCUUAUUUUAAAAACGUUACCAUUAUUUGCCUUGGUUAAAUCAUGACAUUAGUAUUUCUGUUCUAUCACAGUUUAUUUGGUUGAGAAACUUUUGAAAUCGUGUGUGAUAUUUUGGUGGGGAUGUUGUAACUUAUAUUCUAGUUUCUGUAACAACCUGAUCAUCUACAUUUUGCCAUCUCAGCAGGUCUGAUGUUGCACUGACGUUUUUGUUUCUUUUUAAACCCAUCUUUUCUAUUGAUGUUGUAUUUUAACUUAGUACAAUCUAGAUUCAUAACUUUGUAAAUACGUUCAAGUGAUCCUGUAAAAUUUACGAGUUAGUUAGUUACGACUCACAGGGGUUUGUUUAUGUACAUAUUAAAUCAUUGAUGCCAACUUUAUUUAAAAUUCUAUUUUUACAUCAUAGAGAAAACGUCUGUGUCUCCGUAGGUUGAAUGUCUGGUUGGGCUUGUGGACAAUUUGUUGUGCCCAGUCACACACGCCAAUGUAACAGUGGUGAAACCUUCGCCUCCCAGUUCACUUUCAAUCAGUGCGAGCAGGAGGACCAAUAAAACAUUUGCUUCCUAACUUCGCACUCGCAUGUGUGUGACCGUGCCCACAGUCCAUGUUCCAGGUUUAUCAUUUACACUUUAUCCAGUUAACUUUAAUGAAGGAGGUGGAGAAGUCUACAAGAGGAAAACCAAAGAUUAGUGGUUUUUUAUCACCUUCUAUCAAACCACUUAGAGAAAACAAAGGAACAAGUGUGAUAUGCAAAAGUUGAAUACUAUAAGCUUAUGUAUCAUUUCUAAAAUAGGAAAUAAAUUCACCAAAAAAGUUAAAUUUUAUAGACUUUAACAUGGUGACCUUGCCUCAAUCUAUCGAAAAGUGAUCAAACUUGAGCGUCCUACGGUUGUGUUAAUAUUUGUUUGUGACACAGCUAAGGUUUCUCUUAUUUUCACACAUGUGAGGGGCUGGGGUUAGGGGUUCGAUUUAAAAAUUCACUCCAACAGUAUCGUCUUUAUUUUUGAUAUCAACAUUUAGAUCCUCCAAAGCUCAUGUUAUGCGUUAACCAUGUGGAGGCACUGUUGUGUGAUUUCAGGGUCACAUGAUGUUACUGAAGUGAUCCUCUGCAGUCUUUCAUCUCGUUUGUGUUCAGUGAACUUUGCUUAGCUUGUGAGUGUUGGUUGUGGAGGUUUUUUUUGUUAUGACUGGAAUCUUAUUUCUUGUUUAUUAUAUAUAUAUAUUAGAAUACUUAGGUUGUUCAGGUUGUUUUUUCACUGACAUAUACCAGUUGUUUAUUCCCCUCUACAUCUAUUCAGAGGACCUAUAAGCUAUUGUUUUUGAUUGGUGGUAUAAUAUCGUUUUGAGUGUUGAUGUAACACAAUGUGUUUAAAAAGAUGUGUUGUUACUGAUACAACACAAUGUGUUUAAAAAGAUGUGUUGUUACUGAUACUUGUCAUCAGCAGCAAUGUGGUCCUUACCUGUGAUAUGAUUAUGUUACUAUAGAUCAUGGAACAGGUUUACUGGAGCUGAUUGGUCACAACUGUGUUUUAACACUCCUCACUUUCAGAAACCGCUGACGCACAAUUUAUAGUAAAUAAAUACUAGCUUUUGUAGA